AUGAUUUCUUACAAUGACAGCAUACCAUGGGUGCCGGCACCAGGUGAUGAGGGACUUGACCUCAGCCAUGAAGGUGGCAAAUAUGAAGCUCUUCAAGGGCUAUCUCAUCAAAUGGCAGACCUAUCAGGAUUCUGCUACAUGGACCCUAGGACUCAACAUGAUUGCAUUGAGCUUCAAACCAGCCAUUGGGAUAUGCAAAUGAACCAGCUUGUUAACGCCUAUCUAGACUACCGAUCUCGUGAUUCUGGCGAUGGCAUGCCCUCGUUACCAUCUUACCCCAACAAAACAUUGAUUUACCAUGGUUAUCUUGGUUGCACACCCCUAUAUCCCACUGUUGCUAUUAGUCUUUGUACCCUUGCAGCCUAUCAGCAGGCUCACCGGACUUGUCUGCGGUUCAGCCUUCAGGCAGCAAUGCUGUAUCGACUGUAUCUCCACACUCAAUUUUCUGCUGUCUAUGAUGCAUUUCUCAAAAUUCUUCAUCGGGUUGAUGUACUGCUAAAGCAGGCACUCAAGCACGACACCCCCAACUGGAGGCUGUUGAAUGCGUGUCCGCCGUGUACCUACAAACUGGAAGAUGAGCCAUCACUCCAAUUCAAAUGGUUUGCCACCAUUGACGGUAAUAAUAGCCUUAAGUGCUGGGUGUCUCAUAACUCUGUGUCUCGUGAUGACUCUUGUCAGCCAAGAACAGACUACUGGAUUGGUCGCAAUGUAGUUGACAAAUUCAAAGACGACAUCAGGUCAAGAACAGUGGGUGUUUGCUUUAUUUGUAAGCAUGCAAAAUAA